UGGCCGCUGGAGUUCAAGUGGACGCACAAUGACAGUGAGCUCACCACCUACAGCAGCGAAUAUAAGUAUAUUAUUCCGUCUUUACAGAGGCUGGAUGCUGGGUUUUACCGCUGUGUGGUUCGGAACAGGAUGGGAGCUCUCUUACAAAGAAGAUCAGAAGUUCACGUCGCAUAUAUGGGGAAUUUCAUGGAUACAGACCAGAGAAAAAUGGUCUCGCAAGGACAGGCAGCCGUUCUCAACCUCCUGCCCCUCGCCAGCUGCCCCAGACCUCAAGUGACUUGGUUCCGAGAAGGACACAAGAUUAUCCCAAGCAACCGAAUAGCCAUCACACUGGAGAACCAGCUGGUGAUCCUUGCGGCGACGGCCGGGGACGCGGGGGCCUACUACGUGCAGGCGGUCAACGAGAGGAACGGCGAGAACCGGACCAGCCCGCCCCUUCACCUGAGCGUAGCGCGGGAUGUCGGCGCUCCUGAAGCCACGGCCCCCGUCAUCGUGGUCCCCCCGCGCAACAGGAGUGUGGUGGCCGGGUCCAGCGAGGCCACCUUGGAGUGUGUGGCCAGUGCCAGGCCUGUGGAGGAGCUGAGUGUGACCUGGAAGAGAAACGGGGUGACAGUCACCAGCGGGCUCCACAGCUUUGGGAGGCGCCUCACCGUCAGCAACCCGACCUCAGCGGACACUGGGCUGUACGUCUGCGAGGCGGCGCUGCGGGGGAGCGGCUUUCAGCCGGCCAGAGCCAGCGCCUUCCUCUCUAUCAUAGAGCCACCGUAUUUCACCGCUGAACCUGCGAGCCGGAUGUCGGCGGACGUGGGAGAGUCCGUGGACCUGGUGUGCGGAGCCGCGGGGGCCCCUCCUCCCGCCCUGCAGUGGUACAAGGAUGCUGUGCCCGUCAGCGCACUUCGGAACCCUCGCUACCAAGAGCUCCCCAGCGGGGGCCUGCGCAUCCAGAAGCUGCGUCCCGAGGACUCUGGGAUCUUACAGUGCUUUGCCAGGAACGAGGGCGGGGAGAUCCAGACCUGCACCUACCUGGACGUCACCAAUGUUGCUCCAGCCUUCACCCAGCUGCCCGUGGACACCACGGUCACCGACGGGAUGACGGCCGUCCUGAGCUGUGGAGUGUCUGGGGCUCCCAGGCCUGCCAUCACCUGGAGGAGAGGAAACCGCAUUCUGGCCAGUGGCUCUGUGAGGAUCCCUAGGUUCGUGCUCCUGGAGUCUGGGGGUCUGCAGAUCACCCCCGUCUUCAUCCAGGAUGCUGGCAACUACACCUGCUACGCAGCCAACACGGAGGGGUCCCUGGACGCGUCCGCAGCGCUGACCGUGUGGAAUCGAACGUCCAUCGUUAACCCUCCGGAGGACCUCGUGGUGAUUAAGGGGACCACGGCCACGCUGCACUGCGGAGCCACGCACGACCCCCGUGUUCCUCUCCGCUACGUCUGGAAGAAGGACAGCGUGGUCAUCACCCCAUCCAGCAGCUCCAGGAUCGUGGUGGAGCAGGACGGGUCCCUCCUCAUUAGCCAGACGUGGUCGGGGGACAUCGGAGACUACACCUGCGAAAUUGUUUCUGAGGGUGGGAACGACUCCAGGGCAGCCCGCCUGGAGGUGAUUGAACUGCCUCACUCCCCUCAGAACCUCCUGGCCAGCCUGAAUUCCUCCCACAGCCGCACGGUGACGCUCUCCUGGGUCCGACCCUUUGAUGGAAACAGCCCAGUUCUUUAUUACAUCGUGGAGCUGUCUGAAAACAACUCUCCGUGGAAAGUGCAUCUGUCAAACGUCAGCCCCGAGAUGACAGGCGUCACCGUGCGUGGCCUGACCCCGGCCCGCACCUACCAGUUCAGAGUGUGCGCUGUGAACCACGUGGGCAAAGGCCAGUACAGCGCCGAGACCAGCAGGUUGAUGCUACCUGAAGAACCACCCAGUGCUCCCCCGAAAAAUAUCGUGGCCAGUGGGCGCACCAAUCAGUCCAUCAUGGUCCAGUGGCAGCCGCCCCCAGAAACAGAGCACAACGGGGUGCUGCGGGGGUACAUCCUCAGGUACCGCCUGGCUGGCCUCCCGGGGACGCACCAGCAGAGGAACAUCACCAGCCCGGAGGUCAGCUACUGCCUGGUGACGGAGCUGAUCAUCUGGACCCAGUAUGAGAUUCAGGUGGCCGCGUACAACGGGGCGGGCCUGGGCGUCUUCAGCAGAGCGGUGACCGAGUACACCUUACAAGGCGUGCCCACCGCGCCCCCGCAGAACGUGCAGACGGAGGCCGUGAACUCCACGAGCGUCCAGUUCCUGUGGAGCCCCCCGCCGCAGCAGUUCAUCAACGGCAUCAACCAGGGCUACAAGCUUCUGGCGUGGCCGGCCGACGUCCCCGAGGAUGUCACGGUGGUCACCAUCGCUCCAGAUUUCCACGGAGUCCACCACGGGUUCAUAACUAACCUGAAGAAGUUUACCGCCUACUUCACGUCGGUCCUGUGCUUCACCACUCCAGGGGACGGGCCUCCGAGCACGCCUCAGCUCGUCUGGACCCAUGAGGACAAGCCGGGAGCUGUGGGGCAUCUGAGUUUCACGGAGAUUCUGGACACAUCUCUCAAGGUCAGCUGGCAGGAGCCCCUGGAAAAGAACGGCGUCAUUAUAGGCUACCAGCUCUCCUGGGAGGUGUACGGGCGGAACGACUCCCGGCACACGCGCGCUCUCAACAGCACGGUGCACGAGUACACGAUCCGGGGGCUGGCCUCCCUCACCACCUACACCAUCGACGUGGCUGCCGUCACCGCGGCUGGGGCUGGCCUGGCCACCUCGUCCACCAUCUCCUCCGGCGUGCCCCCAGAGCUUCCCGGGGCCCCAUCCAACCUGGUCAUUUCCAACAUCAGCCCUCGCUCCGCCACACUCCAGUUCCGCCCAGGCUACGACGGGAAGACGGCCAUCUCCAGGUGGAUCGUGGAGGGACAGGUUGGAGCCGUGGGCGAUGAGGAGGAGUGGGUGAGCCUCUACGAGGAGGAGAGUGAGCCCGACGCCCAGACGCUGGAGAUCCCGAACCUCACGCCCUACACUCAGUACAGGUUCCGAAUGCGGCAGGUGAACAUCGUGGGCGCCAGUCCCUUCAGUCCGUCUUCCCGGGUCAUCCAGACCCUGCAGGCGCCCCCGGACGUGGCCCCCACCAGUGUCACUGUGCGAACCGCCAGCGAGACCAGCCUGCGGCUCCGCUGGGUGCCGCUGCCCGAUUCCCGGUACAACGGGAACCCCGAGUCCGUGGGCUACAGGAUCAAGUACUGGCGCCCAGACCUCCAGGCUGCCGCUCUGACCCAGGUCGUCAGCGACCGGCUGGAGAGGGAGUUCACUGUGGAGGGGCUGGAGGAGUGGACGGAGUACGAGCUGAAGGUGCAGGCCUUCAACGCCAUCGGGGCUGGGCCCUGGAGCGAGGCCGUGCGAGGCCGCACGCGGGAGUCAGUUCCUUCAGCCGCCCCUGAAAAUGUGUCGGCCGAGGCUGUCAGCUCCACCCAGAUUCUGCUGACGUGGGCUUCGGUGCCGGAGCAGGACCAGAACGGGCUAAUCCUGGGCUACAAGAUUCUGUUCCGGGCCAAAGACCUGGAUCCUGAGCCCAGAAGCCACGUGGUGCGAGGGAACCACACGCAGUCGGCGCUGCUGGCAGGUCUGGGGAAGUUUGUGCUGUACGAACUCCAGGUGCUUGCGUUCACCCGCAUCGGGAAUGGGGUCCCCAGCACACCCCCCAUCCUGGAACGGACCAAGGAUGACGCCCCAGGCCCCCCCGUGAGGCUCGUGUUCCCGGAGGUGAGGCUGACAUCUGUGCGGACCGUGUGGCAGCCCCCGGAGGAGCCCAACGGCGUCGUUCUGGGGUACCAGAUCGCCUACCGCCUGGCCAGCAGCAGCCCCAACACCUUCACCACCGUGGAGGUCGGCGCCACCGUGAGGCAGUUCACGGCCACCGAGCUGGCCCCCGAGUCUGCCUACCUCUUCAGGCUGUCGGCCAAGACCAGACAGGGCUGGGGGGAGCCCCUGGAGGCCACUGUCAUCACCACUGAGAAGAGAGAGCGGCCGGCACCCCCCAGGGAGCUCCUGGUGCCCCAGGCGGAAGUGACGGCCCGCAGCCUGCGGCUGCAGUGGGUCCCAGGCAGCGACGGGGCCUCCCCCAUCCGGUACUUCACUGUGCAGCUGCGCGAGCUGCCCCGGGGAGAGUGGCAGACCUAUUCCUCGUCCAUCAGCCACGAAGCCACGGCCUGUGUCGUCGAAAGGCUGAGGCCCUUCACCUCCUACAAGCUGCGCCUGAAGGCCACCAAUGACAUUGGGGACAGUGACUUCAGUGUGGAGACAGAGGCUGUGACCACACUGCAAGACGUUCCGGGAGAGCCUCCAAGUUUUAUCUCCGUGACCCCACACACCACCUCGUCUGUGCUGAUCCAGUGGCAGCCCCCGCGGGACGAGAGCCUGAACGGCCUCCUGCAGGGCUACAGGAUCUACUACCGGGAGCUGGAGUACGAGGCGGCCGCAGCCUCCGAGGCCAAGACGCUCAAAAGCCCCUCCGCGCUGCGGGCCGAGCUCACAGCCCAGAGCAGCUUCAAGACCGUGAACAGCAGCUCCACGUUAACGAUGUACGAAUUAACACAUCUGAAGAAGUACCGGCGCUACGAGGUGCUCAUGACCGCCUACAACAUCGUCGGCGAGAGCCCGGCCAGCGCGCCCUUGGAGGUCUUUGUCGGCGAGGCUGCCCCGGCCAUGGCCCCGCAGAAUGUGCAGGUGAGCCCGCUCACGGCCAGCCAGCUGGAGGUCACGUGGGACCCACCGCCGCCCGAGAGCCAGAACGGGAACAUCCAGGGCUACAAGAUCUACUACUGGGAGGCAGGCAGCCAGAACGAGACGGAGAGGAUGAAGGUGCUGUUCCUGCCAGAGACCACGGUGAAGCUGAAAAACCUCACCAGCCACACCAAGUACCUGGUCAGCAUCUCGGCCUUCAACGCGGCGGGAGACGGUCCCCGGAGUGACGCCCGGCAGGGCUGCACCCACCAGGCCGCUCCUGGGGCCCCCAGCUUUCUGGCGUUCUCAGAAAUAACCUCCACCACGCUGAACGUGUCGUGGGGUGAGCCGGCGGCGGCCAACGGCGUCCUGCAGGGCUACCGAGUGGUGUACGAGCCCUUAGCGCCUGUCCAAGGGGUGAGCAAGGUGGUGACGGUGGACGUGAAGGGGAGCUGGCGGCGCUGGCUGAAGGUGCGGGACCUCACCAAGGGGGCGACCUACUUCUUCCGGGUGCAGGCGCGGACCAUCGCCUACGGGCCCGAGCUACAGGCCAACGUCACGGCCGGGCCUGCCGAGGGUUCCCCGGGCCCCCCCCGAGACGUCUCCGUCACCAAAUCUGCCUCUGAGCUGACCUUGCAGUGGACGGAGGGCAGCGCGGGCAGGACGCCCACCACGGGCUACAUCAUCGAGGCCAGGCCCUCAGAUGAAGGCCUGUGGGACAUGUUUGUGAAGGACAUCCCCCGGGGCGCCACGUCCUACGCCAUCAGCCUGGAUAAGCUCAGGCAAGGAGUGACUUACGAGUUCCGGGUGGUGGCCGUGAACCAGGUGGGCUACGGGGAGCCCAGCGGCCCCUCCACCGCCAUGUCAGCUCAGGUGGAAACCCCGUUCUACGAGGAGUGGUGGUUCCUCCUGGUGACAGCGCUGUCCAGCCUCAUCGUCCUCCUGCUGGUGGUGUUCGCGCUGGUCUUGCAUGGACAGAACAAGAGAUACAGGAGCUGCAGCACAGGGAAGAGCAUCUCCAACAUGGAGGAGUCUGUGACCCUGGAUAACGGAGGGUUUGCCGCCUUGGAGCUCAGCAGCCGUCACCUCAAUGUCAAGAACACUUUCUCCAAGAAGAACGGGACCAGGUCCCCGCCCCGGCCGAGCCCUGGCGGGCUGCACUACUCGGACGAGGACCUCUGCAGCAAGUACAACGGCGCAGUGCUGACCGAGAGCACAAACCUCAAGGAGAAGUCGGUGGACGCCUCAGAGUCCGAGGGCACCGACUCCGAGUCCGAGGAUGCGCCCCCCCAGCACUCGUUCGUCAACCACUACAUGAGCGACCCCACCUACUACAACUCGUGGAAGCGGCGCGCGGGCGCGGCCCCGCACAGGUACGAGGCGGUGGCGGGGGCCGAGGCGGGGGCGCCGCUGCACGCGGUGGUCACCACGCAGAGCGCCGUCUUCGCGCCCCCGGCCCGCGGCGCUCGGACUCCGCUCACCGGCUUCUCCUCCUUCGUGUGAGCGGCCGCGGACCCCGAGCCCAGUUUUGUUAAGACAAUCAACUCCAGGAACUGAGCUCCAGCUUUGGUUUCAGAGAGUCUGACGCCUGAGGAUUUUACCUACUUGCGAACGCAGGAUUUCCACUAGAAGGCUUUUGUUUUUUUUUUUUUUUAAUGGCCUUUUGUAACAUCGCUGCAGGAAACAGGUUUCUUUGGUUUUAUUUUCUUUUAAUGAGAAGGUGUAUUUCACUGGUGCAAGGGCUCAGCCCGGGGGACCUCGGAAGACCCUCCCCAGUCCUGGGUGCUCAGUCCUGGGCCAGCUAGCAGGACUGGAGACGGGGAAGAGCUGGGGGUGCAGGGAGACUCCACCUGCCUCCAGGCCGCUCGCUUCUCUCCUCCUGCGGGAGAACCAGCGGCUCAGCGGGGCUCCAUCCGCGCUCCGGGGUCUGACCUGGGCUCAGGGCCUCGCCACCCCGCUGCUGAGUCCAUCUCUGAAACGUUCCCACCCAGCAGUUUCUAGGCAGGGAUGGUUGCUGGCAACGGAGCCAGAGAUUCUAAGUGUACCUUCUGGGUCAUUCCGGUGGUGAGACAUUCCGGGCUUUUCCUCCCCUUCUUUCUUUUGACCGGAUAGUGCUGGCACAGGAAAACCCCCCGGGGCCGGGAGCCGCCGCGGCCCUCGGUGAGCGCCUUCCUCCCCAGCGCCCAGUGCACGGCCGCCCGCCAGCCCGGGGAAAACAGGACAGCGUCCGCAGAGUCGCUUGCUGUGUAAGAGGUGUGCAUUGUUAACCAGAGUAUUUUUUAAAUCUUUUUAUCUUUUUUUAAAAUCUGUCACAUGAAAUGAAUGAGUCUCUGCUGUCUCCAGGUGCCUUUUUAUUACUUGUUUAGCUUUGUGCGUGGGAAGGACGAAGAGCGACAGCGUCUCCAAACACAGCAAAACGGCUGUGAGAAGACGGGCCCCCCGCGCCCCAGACCCUCCCGAGCAUGCGGCCUCGGUCCUUCCCUGCCCCUGACCCCAGGCCAGCUCUUAGCCUUAAUGAGUUUUCUGGAAUCUCUUUUAUCCCUUUCAUUGGUACUGUUCUGUUGCAGUGUAUUAGCUAAAUGGAAAUAGCAUGAACUACUUUGAAAAUCUGAGUUCAAGCUGUCGCUGGGCCUCCAGCCCAUCACAUCAUUUGUGCAAAAGGUGUCUCAGGGGCAGGUGGCCCAGCCCCCUAGCCCAGGUCCCAGGUCUAGAAGUAACACGAGUGUGGCUGAGGCCAGGGGUGCGUGUGCCCUGGGGCUGCAAGAAGGCCCAUGUCCCCACCCCAAUGGAAGCCUGUCGACACCCUCUCCCCAGGGCACAAGGGAGCAAAGCAGGUACUGUCCUCCCGGGGGACCUGCCCGUCCCCAAGGGGUCAGUGACUGGGCCCAGUGACCAGCAGCGCCAGUCUCGUGGCCACAUGCGGAACAAGUGGGACACAUGGUCUCUGCGGGGCUCUCUUCUUCCUACGAGGGGCUGUCUUGGCCCUCCACUUUCAGAGUUGCUGAGUGUGGUCUCAGGAGACCAAAGAGAGUUUUGUGUUGUGUGAAAAAUAUUUUUCAGUUUUUCCAAAAGGUGUGGAAAAGUUCCUCUCUUCUCCCCCUCCCUCCCUCUGUUCCUUCCUUCCUUCCCUCCCUUUAUGAGUGGAGGACAAACAUUCUAAACCAAAAAUCCUAGCUGCUCUGUCCAAAGCCUCUCCUGCAUGAAAGUCGCCCCCACAGCCCCCCAGACAGACCCUCUCCCCGGGGCCCAGGGCUACCUCCAUCCUCCCGGCCCCAAAAGGGGAUAAGGACAGGAAACUCCAAGGCUGCCCCUCGAAUUUCUCGAAAGACAACCGACCGCCAGAGACGUGGACCAACGCUGCCUUCCGUGCGCUCUGCUCUCUAAGCCAUACGGACUUUGCUUUAAAUACAGGAAAGUGCUGAGACAUGUUAGGGUGAGGACGAUUUGGUUUGAGGUGUGUCUUGCUUUUGGGUUUUUGUGAAUGCAGGUCGCCUUUUUUCCCAGGCUCAUUACACUUCCUGCGUUCUCCCGGCUUUGAGUGAACUUCCUUUGGGGGAACUGUCUGCACGAGGUUGUGCGGGCUCCCGGCGGUGGGCAGUUGUUGGCGCCGGAGCUCAGGGGCUCUGGCCCGUGGGAGCCACUCACUGCAUUGGAGGACCAGAGUCAGAUGUCUCUGCUUAGGUCUCAGCCUCCAGACAGUGUGGGCUUUGAGAAGCGUUAACUCCUAACCUCUCCUCUUUAGGGAAGGAAAAAAAAAACACAUAAUAGGAAAAUGGAUAUUGGAUUUUAAUCUCAUUUCUGAACAAAGGACAGGUGACAUUUCUCUCCCCCAGGCCAGGGGACAUGUUCUCUCCUGCCUUCUUCUGUAGCGAUGCCCUUCAGGUGUCUCGUGCACAGCGGUGGCUGAGGUCUCUAUCCAAGGCCCCGAGGUUGGCAGGAGAGCUGCCCUUUCCCGGAGGAUGACGCAGCAAAGCAGCCGGCGGGGCCGUGCCCUCUGAGCUGCAGAGAUAAGUUUGCGUGGGGCUCCGGUCCCCACUGGGGGGGCACUCGCGUGCAGGUUUCCAGGCCCGGGAGCGGCAGGGGCGGUCACCGUGCCCAGCGGGCAUGGAGAACAUCUCCUCGACCACCUGCACCUCCUCCCUCUGAAUAAAUUGGCCCAAACUGAGGCCUCUCCUACCCUGGCUGUGCUUCUAAGGAGCGCUCGAUAAACGUCGUCACGGAAGAAGACAGGAUGUGAGGGCCUGCGGUCGCAGGAAGAAGCCGCGCGCUCUGUAAACUCCUUGUGAUGCUGUGCUCGCCCCUGACCACGACUGGACUGAAGCAUGGUGUUUGCAUAAUGGUUCUUAGCAUGGUUUUCAGUUUUUACGAAUCCCUGGCACACAGUGUCGUUUUUCUCCCAAUGAGCAAUCAGUCCGCUUAUCCAGAUGCUGCUCUUUCAUUCAGCAUCCCUGCAACGUGGACCAGCCAAAAGGUGGGAACUGGGGAAUCCACGAACUGAGCUGGUCGGCUGGGCGCCGCCCUUCCGGUCAGCCUUGCCUUCUGGCUUAUCGGUGACUUAGGUCAGUCCUUAAGUUUUCCCGGCAUUUUCUGGAAUUGUGCAGAAAACCAGAUCUCAUUUGAAAAAACAAAACAAAACAAAAAAAACACUUGUAGGAAGACAGAGAGGUGCUAUGGGUACAAUUUUUAAUAAAAACAUCAUUUUGUUCCUUACGCGCCUGUGAUUUUCUUCAUCAAGAGUUGCUGAAAUGACACCAA